AUGUCUGCACUGAUGGCAAAAGCCAGUAAAAAGGAGCUCAACUCCAAACAUGAUGAGACCUCAGAAAAAGAACAGUAAGAAGCAAUUGAACAUAUUGAUGAAGUACAACAUAUUGAUGAAGUACAAAAUGAAAUAGACAGACUUAAUGAACAAGCCAGUGAAGAAAUUUUGAAAGUAGAACAAAAAUAUAACAAACUCUGCCAACCGUUUUUUCAGAAGAGGUCAGAAUUGAUCGCCAAAAUCCCAAAUUUUUGGGUAACAACAUUUGUCAACCAUCCACAAGUGUCUGCGCUGCUUGGGGAGGAAGAUGAGGAGGCUCUGCAUUAUUUGACCAGAGUUGAAGUGACAGAAUUUGAAGAUAUUAAAUCAGGUUACAGAAUGGAUUUUUAUUUUGAUGAAAAUCCUUACUUUGAAAAUAAAGUUCUCUCCAAAGAAUUUCAUCUGAAUGAGAGUGGUGACCCGUCUUCAAAGUCCACCGAAAUCAAAUGGAAAUCUGGAAAGGAUUUGACAAAACGCUCAAGUCAAACGCAGAAUAAGACCAGCAGGAAGAGACAGCACGAAGAGCCAGAGAGCUUCUUUUCCUGGUUUACUGACCAUGCUGACGCAGGUGCUGACGAGUUAGGAGAGGUCAUCAAAGAUGAUAUUUGGCCAAAUCCCUUGCAGUACUAUUUGGUUCCUGAUAUGGAUGAUAAAGAAGGAGAGGCAGAAGAUGAUGAUGAUGAUGAAGAGGAGGAAGGGUUGGAAGAUAUUGAUGAAGGAGAUGAGGAUGAAGGUGAAGAUGACGAUGAGGAUGAAGGGGAUGAAGGAGAGGAGGAUGAAGGCGAGGAUGACUAGCACAGAAGAUUGAUGAAUUCCAACCUUCUUUUUUAUUU